CAUUUCAACUAGAUUUAUAAUCCUUAUAUAUUGUAUGUAUACGCCUAGCUAUAACUACCUUCGUUAAACAGUGUCGCCGUGACAGCGUUUAUUAAAAACACACAACAAAAUAAAACAUUUUUGUAAUACAUUAUUUUUAAAAAGUGCGUUACGUAAAGCCGUUAAAUACACCCACCUACUCCCUGUAACGCUACAUAACGUUUGGACCUACACCCACACACCCACCCCCUCGAGCGUUACAUAAUAUUUCAUUGGCCCCCAAAGAGCCGAACGGACGUAGUUUGAAAAGUGCAAGGUUUUGUCAGUUUAUAAUUAUUGAUAUUAACAUGUUGAAAAAAAAAAAAAAAAAAAAAAAAAAGCAACACAUGUGCAACGGAGGAAAAUGCCUACGUCAGUUGUUUCAUGCAAACAGCACGUUUUCACGUGAUGAUAAACAGAUGUCGAAAUCGCAGCGCUUCAAUUCGUAUAAAAAUCAGCCGAGUUGACUGCUGCAGCGUUCUUAGCAUCCCAACUAUGACUCGCAACGUCCUCUUGCUACUACUGGGGCUGGCGUGUGUCGCCCCGUCCUCCGCGCAUUACCGUUUUGGCGGCUACCGUGGUGGCGGCGGCUGUCGACGAUAUGGUCAAGUCUUCCAGUCGCAACUUCCGCCGAAUCUGAUGACGGCGCUCCAGAACGCCGGCCCGGCCAUCGCCAACUUCGUGUCGACUCUUCCUCAAAACGUGCAGGACUUUCUGAAUCCUCUGCUCCAGCCACUGCUGAAUGCAGCAGCGCCCCCUGCCGUACCUCCAGUGCAGCCUGCGGUGCCGCCUCCAGUGCAGUCUCCAGCAGUAGCACCACCAGCACCACAAGCACCACAAGUAGCACCACCAGCACCACAAGCACCACCAGUAGCACCACCGGCACCUCCCGCACCACCAGCAGCACCACCGGCACCACCGGCACCUCCCGCACCACCAGCAGGACAAGCACCACCAGCAGGACAAGCACCACCAGCAGGACAAGCACCACAAGGUUAUCAAUUCAUGCCAUUCUAUGGCAGGUAUCGGCCGUAUCGUUUCGGUAGAGGUAGAUAUCGUUACGGUAGAGGAUAACUUUCAGUGGACCAUCAUCGCACAGAGAGAAGGGAAGCAACAGAAGAUAUAAGUUAUAAAAAUUAGCAAAUUGUGCCCACUCACGUUUUGCUACAAUAUAUUAAAAUAUUUCCACAGAA